AAUUUGCGAAAUCAGCCUCAUUACUUUCUAGUCACACUUUUAGGUCUCCCUGAGUAAAGUGAGCAGAUCACAUGUUCUAGUCACUUUCUUAUUAUUUUCCAAUGAACCAAACUUGCCUCCCAAGUAAGGGUCUGGAAGAAAGUGAGUGUGUACAUAUAGGCAGUGUGUAUGUACACAUCAACAUCUGAGCAUGUGAAUCUACAGUCCAAAGGCCGGUCUCAAGUGAUCUUUGCAUUAGUAACUCAUUUCAUUUCAGCUCCACCUUUUUUCUCCUCCACUUGUGGAGAUAAUGGGAAGUUGACUAGUUUGAAUCCCAAUCAAAAGUGUUAGAAAUGGACUCCAGAAGCAGGGCUGUAACCCCUACUGUUGUGCGCUGCCUUUAUCUAGAGGCCUUUCUCUGUGUGCUCUUUCUUUUUUCUGUGAAACAGACUUGGGAGUAUGAAGACCGUUGGGUUCACUACACAAAGUUGGUAGAGAGGAGAGACCUGAUUCACAGCUUCCACUACAUCUACUCUGUACGCUGGAGUGUCCCAACUUCUCAGAUACCCACGGCAUACAGCUCUGCCUUUGCCUUCUUCACCGUCAAGUUCAACAAAAACAAACCUCCGGAUGCACCCAUUGAUAUCUCUUAUAUGUUUGAAGGCCAGUCACUAGUUCACAGACCAGGAACGACUCGCUUUCGAGAAAAUUGGGUGAAGGAAAUGGUUGUGGCCAAACAUAAUAUAAUGAAGUCAUUUCCCUUCUAAUUCAAUUGUGUCUGACUCUUACAGAAUGUUUUAUGAUUGGAUUUCUAAUCAG